GAUCUGGAACUUGCGGUACCAGGAACAUACGAUCCUUCUCAACCAGUGGUUGGAAUCGCUUCAAUUGGCACUCAUCUUCAAGUGAUUAGCAGUAAGCAAAGGCCAAGAAAAAUGACUAUACGCGGUAGUAAUGGUCGAGAGUACGCGUUUCUGCUGAAAGGGCACGAAGAUCCGCGCCAAGAUGAACGGGUUAUGCAGUUGUUCGGGCUCAUCAAUACACUGCUAGUGAAUAAUGCUGAGACAUGUCGGCGGAAUCUUACUAUACAAAGGUACUCCAUAGUCGCACUUAGCCAUAAUUCGGGUCUGAUCGGAUGGGUGCCAGAUUGCGACACAUUGCACUCUCUUGUGCGGGAUUACAGGGACAAGAAGAAGAUUUCUCUAUCGCUUGAGCAUAAAGUGAUGCAGUCAUUAGCACAGGAUACGGAGCAGGUUACUUUGAUGCAGAAGGUGCAACUUUUCGAAAGAGCCCUCGCGUCAACCACAGGAGAUGAUUUACAACAAAUUCUGUGGUUAAAAAGUCCAAGUUCUGAAGUGUGGUUUGAUCGUCGAACAAACUAUACGAGAUCUAUGGCAUGUAUGUCGAUGGUUGGGUACAUCCUGGGAUUAGGUGACAGGCAUCCUUCUAAUCUAAUGCUAGAUCGACUCACUGGGAAAAUUGUACACAUUGACUUUGGUGAUUGCUUCGAUGUGGCAAUGACUAGAGAGAAGUUCCCAGAGAAAAUACCGUUCAGGCUCACACGUAUGCUAGUGAAGGCUAUGGAAGUGACAGGUAUUGAGGGGAACUAUCGUUUCACAUGUGAACGUGUGCUACGAUUGUUGCGAGCGAAUCGUGAGAGUUUACUUGCCGUUCUUGAAGCAUUCGUCUAUGAUCCAGUAAUCAGUUGGCGAUUAUUGGAAGGAACAAAGCGUGUGCCUGGUGAGAAGCAUGACGUUACCAGGAGAAAGACGCUGCAGGAAGCUCCACGAAUCGUAAGAGAACGUGUUAUUGAUAGGAUCAAGCACAAGCUAGCCGGUAGCGAGUUCGGUACAGGAGAAGUGGAUGUGCAAGAACAAAUUGAUCGACUCGUGGAACAAGCGACACUUCAUGAGAACCUUUGCCAAUGCUACAUAGGAUGGUGCCCAUUCUGGUAG